AUGAAGGCGGAGACGGUGACGCUGAUUCUGGUGAAUCUCGCCGGAAUAAUGGAGAGAGCCGACGAGUCUCUUCUUCCAGGUGUAUACAAAGAAGUCGGUGCAGCUCUUCACACCGAUCCAACCGGUCUCGGAUCCUUGACGCUGCUGCGAUCCAUGGUUCAAGCCGUUUGCUAUCCCUUGGCUGCUUACAUGGCCAUUCGACACAACCGAGCUCACGUUAUCGCUCUCGGUGCUUUCCUCUGGUCCGCCGCUACUUUCCUCGUCGCUUUCUCUUCCACUUUCUUCCAGGUAGCAGUAUCGAGAGCUUUGAAUGGGAUUGGACUUGCACUAGUGGCUCCAGCGAUUCAAUCUCUUGUCGCCGACUCAACGGACGAUGCAAACCGUGGCACAGCUUUUGGAUGGUUACAGUUAACAGCGAACAUAGGUUCGAUCUUAGGCGGGCUCUGUUCUGUCUUAAUAGCUCCAUUAACCUUCAUGGGGAUACCUGGCUGGAGAGUAGCCUUCCACAUUGUAGGUGUGAUCAGUGUUAUAGUCGGUGUGUUAGUCAGAGUUUUCGCAAACGACCCACAUUUUGUUAAAGAUGGUGUCACUGUUGUUCACAAUUCUUCGAGGAAGCCGUUUUGCUCGGAGGUCAAGGAUUUGGUGAAGGAAGCUGAGAGUGUGAUAAAGAUACGGUCUUUUCAGAUCAUUGUGGCUCAGGGAGUGACUGGAUCUUUCCCUUGGUCUGCUCUUUCUUUCGCACCGAUGUGGUUGGAGCUCAUUGGGUUCUCACAUGGAGAGACUGCGUUCUUGAUGGGUCUGUUCGUGGCUGCGUCGUCUCUUGGGGGCUUGUUUGGUGGCAAAAUGGGUGAUUUUCUGUCUACUCGUCUUCCUAACUCCGGGAGAAUCAUCCUCGCGCAGAUCAGCUCGGCUUCUGCGAUCCCGCUCGCUGCGAUUCUCCUGUUGGUUUUACCGGAUGAUCCAUCUACAGCUGCGGUUCAUGGUCUGGUCUUAGUCCUGUUGGGUCUGUUUGUUUCUUGGAAUGCUCCUGCUACCAACAACCCAAUCUUUGCAGAGAUUGUUCCAGAGAGAUCAAGGACGAGCGUGUACGCGUUGGACAAGUCGUUUGAGUCGAUCUUGUCGUCGUUUGCUCCUCCAAUGGUUGGAAUCUUGGCGCAGCAUGUGUACGGAUAUAAGCCAAUACCUGAAGGGUCAUCGAGAUCAACAGAGAUAGCUACAGAUAGAGAGAAUGCGACGUCCUUGGCAAAAGCUCUUUAUACGUCUAUAGGAAUCCCAAUGGCGGCUUGCUGCUUCAUCUACUCUUUCCUCUACCGUACUUAUCCUCUGGACAGAGAUCGUGCUCGGAUGGAAGCUUUUAUAGAUUCCGAGAUGCGUGAACUGCUUCCGGAAAAUUUGAACAGAGAUGUUGAGUCUUCACAAGAGGAACUUUUAGCAAACCAGGUUAAAACUUAA